CAUGAAAGGCAUAAUGGUUUGUCAUUGGUGAUGGUUCAGUUUGUGUAGCGUUGAGUACUGGAGCAGCAUGCUACUAGUAUAGCCCAAUGUGGAAGCAGCAGUACUCUGGUUUCCUCCUCUCUAUGAAGUUUGGAUGUUGGGUGACUUUUCUAUGCAUUGAGGACACUGACUGACAGUUCAUUCUAAUGGGAUUUUCAGGUUUGGUGCUGAGUGGAGUUGUAUUGGCUGAGUGAAGCUACCAAACAGUAAGUGAAUGGAGGAUGAGCAGUCCUGUGCUAAGUGGGAGUAGCCUGGGCUCCAGCGGGGCUUCGGAAUCCACUGACCUAUUCAGGGACCUCUGUGGUCGACUCAAAGACUGUCACGAUAGUGCACUGCAAGUUUUGCAAACCAAAGUGAACAAGCUGAAGAAGGAGUGAUGUUUAGAUUCCCAGAGACUGGAGGAGUUCUACAGCAGACACCAGCAGCUGAGGGAGCAGCACAAAACCCUUCAGGACACUGUCACAAUUCUGGAGGACAGGUUGCGGGCAGGGCUGUGUGAUCGCUGUUCCGUCACAGAGGAGCACAUGAGGAAGAAGCAGGAGGAGUUUGAGAAAGGCCGUCAGCAGAACAUGCUCCUCGUCGCAGCGCUUAUGACUGAAAGGAACACCCUGCAGGAUAAGAACAGAAAGCUGAGUCAAGAGCUGGACAAGUUGAAGGGAUCUCUCUCAGCGUCUCCAGAACCAGAGGGGGUGAUCCCAGACUCUCCGCUGCAGCAGAUCUCCCGGCCUGUUGUGAGCAAAAUGAGGAGGAGAAAGGAGACCAACCAUGUCCGCUACGCGGAGAAGCCCCUGUCCCAAUCCCAGAGCUCAGCACUCAACGGUCUGCUUCAUACAAAGAAAUGUAUAAAUGUACACAGAUACUACACUCAAGGGUCACCCUCAGUAUCAAACACAGGUGUGUGCACACUCAGUCACACACACACUUACUCUUAGGGCUUAAUUUUAACAUACCUAACACAAUGGUAAAUCUUAGCGCUGAUGAUGGCGUUAUAGAUUCAAGGGUGUCAAAUAUUUGUGCUAUUUUCACAACCGAAAUUAUAGACGUGGUGACGCGAAAGGGCUCGGAUUUGAUGAAUAAACAAGUUGUGUGUUGGGACUUGGCCCCCUCACUGGCCAAUCAGAAUGUG